CACAACCAUAUACUUGUAUUUUGGCUUUUUCCGUCAAUGAUAUAUUGGAGCCCAUGUUAUUGCUGCUGAGUUUAGCACCUUUACUUUUUCUGUUGUUGGGAAAGUAUGAGAGGGACCAAAUUCACAUAAUUGGAGGUGAAGCAAACCCCGACCUACACGAGCCAGAACAAGGCAAAGCUCAUGGCAGCGUCCAGGCUACCCCAGAUCGGAGAACACAACCUCUCAACGCUGGAUACACCCAUCUCGAAGUAGGAACUGGCGCUCGCUAUCAAAAAAGAUCCCCGGAUCCAGACAGCCUGCCUCUCCUAUACUACAAGACCUUCCUGACCAAACAGGAUUCAUCCCAG